AUGGAGAAUUCGAUUGCCAGGCUCUUCAAAAUGGAAACAUCGUCAGAUGUCGCAACAUGGCUUUCGUUCGUGGUCACAGCGGUGGGAUUGGGUGGUCUCUUAUCGCAAGCCAGCGCCAUCAAUGACAAGCUGGACCCUUUUCACAGUCAUCGCACCCCGACAUAUCUAGGAUUCUGGUACGGACACCAAGACAAGUUAUCGUGGUGGAAGGUGAGAAGGCCGCCAUUGUACGGCCCUGUUCUAGUCGCAAAUCUGGAAAACGGGUUCUGCGGGAAACAGAUCAUCCACUUAACGCGCCUGCCGCUAUUUGCGCCCCCCGGGAAGGCGGGCUGGGCACUCAUUUUGACCAUCUUCCACCCGGACAAGCUGCAUUCGCUCCGAUCACCUAGCCCAUCCAUAGAAGAAGCAGAGAGAGCUACGGAACACGUGCAAGAGAAGACCGUCGUUGAAACGGAAGAUCGUUCACGCGAGGCUCGAGACAGACGCACGCAAUGGAAAUCCUUGGAGAGGAUGCAACUAGCACGAUACCAAGCACAUGCUUGCGUAUCCAUCUCAAGAACGACGUUGAUAACCAUGAUGGCGCUUACCAACGCUAGGGUCGCCUUCUCGUACAGCGAUGCGUCUGGAUUCCGGGCCGGAUACGCUUCAUACAAUGGUCAAUGGUACAUUACCUGGCCAAUUGGCCAAGACGCCGUCGUGCAGUUCUCACCUCAUGACUCGCAUAAGAAAAGUACCGAUGUCUACCCUCCAAGUUUCACGCAACGGACCAACCGCUGCACGCAGAUGCUCGCCGGAGUCAUCGUAGCGCCGUCUGGUCUGCAGCUAUCGUUCUGCGGUCGCAAGCCGGCGGGCACCUAUGUGCUUGAGUACGCUGUGAAAGGCUUUCCUGGAGCGCAUGGGUCUCGGCAUUUGUACAAUAUGCUUGGAGGCAAAGUGUACGAAGUCGACUACAUUUUCGCUCGGGAUCAGGAUUCGACAAAACAAGUUAAUGAGGACUACCUCACGCUCAAGGUGCCGAGCAAAGACUCUUCUCACGAUGACACGGUUUUCUUGAUCCCCAGAAAAGAACAAGAGGCUAUUGCGCAAGCGCUCGAUUGCCUUCCAUGGAACCAUUUGUCGUGGAGUAUACAUCGUGGUAUGCGCGACAUCCUUUUAGCGUACUCGAAAGCUACCAUGGACCGAUUUAGAUCUCAGCUGGCUGCUCUUCUAAAGCGGACCGUGGCAGAGAAACAACAGUUGCUCGAGCGCAAAGGUUGGGAGAGUAGCUUCGUUCGCAACAGCAUGGGUGAAAUGGCGGCCUCGGCUAUUCUUCUCGGAAAGGGAAAUUCUGGUGACCUUGUACGUGUCGUAACAGACAUUAUGCGUGCGCUGGUCGAUGAUUGGAGCAUGGACCACCUGGACGAGACGCACUUCUGGCGAUUGGCAGAUCAAGAUAAGGAGCUCGACUUACCGGGAGCUGUCGCGCUUACCAAAGUGUUCAUUGUCGAGUGGAGUAACGAGUUUGACUAUCAGAUGUACCAUGAUUUACCCGUCAACCUAAAGUCUGCAUGA